AUGACAGGCUUAACAGCCUACUUCGGUCUCAUCGAUGUCGGUAAAGUCAAAAGCGGCGAUUUCGUCGUCGUCUCCGGCGCUGCGGGCGCAACAGGAAGCGUGGUCUGCCAGAUCGCCAAGCUCAAAGGCGCGACCGUGCUGGGUCUGGCUGGUAGUGAUGAUAAAGUCGAGUGGUUGAGGGACUUGGGCUGUGAUGAUGCCCUCAACUACAAGGACGCGGAUUUCGCCACCAAAUUUCGAACCAGCACCAAAGGUUUCAUCGAUGUCUUCUUCGACAACGUCGGCGGUGAUAUUCUUGACUUGGCGCUCUCGAGAGCAAAGCCCCAUUCCAGAUUCGUGAUCUGUGGCGCCAUCAGUCAGUACAAUAGCACUGAGCCGAAGGGGCCGAAGAAUUAUCUGAUGAUCAUAUCCAUGCGGAUUCGCAUGGAGGGUUUUAUUGUAUUUGAUUACAAGGAUCAGUAUCCAGCUGCGCGACAAGAGCUCUCCAACUGGCUCGCUGAAGGCAAGAUUCAAAGGAAGGAAACGAUUGUGAAGGGAGGGUUGGGAGUGGCUGAGAGGGCAUUAUUGGGGUUAUAUGAGGGGACGAAUACGGGGAAAUUGCUUGUCGAGGUUCAAAGUGAGGCGGGGGGAGCAAGUUGUGAGGAGCGCAGGUGGUGA